AUGGCUUUACUGCAAUUUAAACGGGAACUUCGGCUCAUCCAACUCACGUUCGAUGAAACAAGGGAUAUUCUCCUCMAUGGUGAAAUAGAGGAUGUCGAAUAUCAUUACACACGGCUUUGCGAAUCAGUAAACAAACUGGAAUCGUUCAAGGACAACGGGGACACCGUACUGAUGGACGAUAACUGGGACGAUGAAGACAACACUGUCGAAAUCGUGCGUGCAUGGAAUCAAGACAGAAGCGACGACAUGAAAGAGGUGCGAGAAAUGCGUACAAAGGUCAAACGGAGACUACAAUCACUCGAGGAAGAGCAAACAAAACAACGGGAAACUACUCAAUUGGAAAGUCAACGGAAAAUCGCCGAGRAACAAGCGCGAUAUCAAMGUCAACAACAACAAGAGAUUGAACAAUCGAAAAUGAAACAACAACAACGAGAAGAAGCAUGGUACAAACGGCGCGCCGAACUCGAAAUGGAAUUAUUACAAAACAAAACUAAGGARCUAGGAACUCAACCACAAGCUGUUAAACUACAGAAAUAUACAAUUACACCAUUUGAAGGGGACUUUAAGGAUUGGAUAAGGUUCUGGAACCAAUUCGAAGUCGAAGUAGACYAGUCGCGACUAUCUGAGAUAAGCAAGUUUAAUUAUCUCCUCGAACUUGUGAAAGGAAGRCCGCGCGACGAUGUUCUUGGACUACCACACACAGCAGAAGGGUACGAAGAAGCAAAACGCAUUCUGAAGUCCAACUAUGGCAAGGACAUCAAGGUUCACAARGCAUUGAUCAAGGAACUUGAAAAUUUACCGACCAUAACAAAUCGUACAAGACUACGGGACACCCACGAGUUUUACAACACGUUCGCACGUGUUGUACGUACAUUGAAAACAAUGAACAAAAUCGACACCGUACAAAGCCACAUUUAUGGAAUAUUCGAUAAACUGGGACCAGUCAGAGAAGCAAUCGUKCAGAAUGAGGAUAAGUGGGAAGAAUGGAAGUUAGAAGACUUAAUGGAACAUUUAAGACGAUAUGUAGAUAGGAAUCCACUCGUCGAGCGAGAAACCACAAAACAACAACAUGACCAGCGUCACGUCUCGUUACACGAACAAGCCGAAAGGGUGGAAAGAGUUAUGUUCUCAAACAACGUCACCGAAGGAAAGAAGGUUUGUGUUUAUUGUUCGUCAAACACUCAUAGAASUAAUGACUGCACAAAGGUUCUCAGUAUAGCGAACCGAAAGGAAUUUCUAAGGAAAAACAAACUGUGUUUUAAUUGCACUGGGAGUUCACAUACAGCCGCGAAGUGUAGAUCUGGCGUUUGUCGCAAAUGUCGAGGCAAACAUCACACAUCUCUCUGUGAAAACACUACUACAUCAACCGACAAAUCGAUGGGGGAAGUUGAGAAAACUACAACAAUUCACGCCACCGUCGUCGCUAAAGUURACGGUGUAGACGCGCGAAUCAUGAUCGACAAUGGAGCCAGCAGUUCUUAUAUAUGUACAGAACUAUUGACUAAACUACGCUUGAAACCUGAUCGCUAUGAAAAGAAGCUCAUCGAACAAAUGUACGGGAUCGUUGAGAAACGAGUAGAAAGGUACACUGUUGAAAUCUCGUCACCAACCAUGAAACACUUCAAGUUUAAUGUUGAUUGUAUAAAUGCGGAGAAGGAAAUCUUGACCCACGUUGCCAACCCUAACAUUCGCGAAAUUAAGGGAAGUCAGCCACGUUUGUCACCUUUACGAUUUAGUGAGGAAAACUCUAUUGGAGAAUCAUUACCAGAUCUUUCCGCUGAAGCAUUUCAACAUGCCUUAAGAGAAUUUGUGGCCAGAAGAGGUACACCGAACAUGAUGGUCAGUGACAAUGGUAAAAACUUUGUAGCAACUGGAAAGUGGAUCAAGACUUUGAAACAUGAUGACACUGUCAUGAACUUUCUAGCAACCCAUCGCAUUAAAUGGCGGUUCAAUCUGGCUCGAGCCCCGUGGUGGGGUGGGUUUUUCGAACGACUAAUUGGUGUUAUGAAACGAGCUUUGUCCAAGGUCAUUGGUAAGGGGCUACUCAAGUAUGAAGAACUGGAGGAUGUACUGCUUGAUAUUGAAUGUCAUGUAAACAACAGACCUCUAACUUAUCAAGGGGAGGAAAUGGAACAGCCAGUUCUUACUCCAAAUAUCCUGAUCAGAGGUGCGCCAACAACGUUCCUCGAAGAAGACAUUGAUCAGCUCGAAGAGGACACUGUUACCACACGUAGAAUUGCACACUUACAAAAAUGCAAACAGGAUCUCAAGAAACGCUGGACAACGGAAUACUUACAGGCACUGGAAGAGAAACAUGCGCCACGAGAGAAAUCGGAAGAAUAUCAAAUCCCGAGGAAGAAUUCAGUUGUAUUACUUAAAGAAGACACGAAAAAGAGAGUACAGUGGAAACUUGCUAGAGUACUGAGGGAAAUACAUGGAAAGGAUGGAGUAGUCCGUGGGCUGGAACUGAAACUUGGUAAUGGAUACACAGUCCAAAGACCACUGCAAUUGAUUUGUAACUUAGAGAUAACACCAUGUGAUAAUGAACCCCAACCAGCUGUAAGAGUACCUGAUGUUGGUCAGACAGAACCUCUGGUACCACAACGCAACCGACGUGCUGCUGCAAACUUAGCUAGAGAGAAGAUUGCUGCGAUCAUACAAGCUGAACAAGAAGAAAUUUAA